AUGAACGGACCAGGAUAUCUAGCGGUGGCGAUUCAGCCAGGGUGGAAUACCGAUGACAAAAUCUUCCAUGAAUGGUACAAUACUGAGCACGGCCCUUUGCGUCUCAGGCUGCCUUUCAUCGACACAGGAGACCGCUACAAAGCAGCAGACGAGCAAACUCCACAGUGGUCAGCAGUGUACGAUGUUUCUGAUCUCUCGUGGUUGGACAAGCGGAUCUACACUCGCCUUCGGGAGGAGCGGUCGCUUCGGGAGAAAGCGGUAAUGGCAACCUUUGAGUCUCUGGAUCGAAAAAUCUACAGCGUCUUUUCUGUUCGUGGGAAAUCUCGAGGCCCAGCACCAGUAACUGUAUCAGUUUCUAUGAGGGUGAAUGAAGCUGAUCUGGAUGACUUCGACAAAUGGUACGAAGAGGAACACACCGAAAUGGUUUCCAAGGCUCCAGGAUGGCUGCGAACAAGGCGCUUCAGGAUGGUGGUCRGCGGAAUUCAAGGCAUGCCACCUACCGGUCAGGUCGAAUGUCUAGCGGUGCACGAUUUCAGCUCCAAGGAUGGCCUAGCUAGUCCUGAGAUGAAGGCCGCUGCGGACACUCCUUGGACGGCCAAGAUUAAGAGCAAAGUGCAGUCCAGAGACCUUCGAAUCUGGUCGCAUCAUCUUACAUUCGAUGCCUUCGAGGAGCCGCCCUCCUCUGUCGUCACGACUGAUGGCGCCGAAAUACGUUUCCAGCUAGAGGGGAACCCUUCAGAUCCCGUAGUCGUGUUCGUCAAUUCCAUCAUGACGAACUUCCACAUCUGGGACGACGUUGCGAAAGCUCUGGUCAAUGGCAUUCACGGCAAGACUUAUCGAGUACUGCGAUACAACUCUCGUGGACACUCACAGCAAGCGGACAGGAGUAAUCACACCAACUUUGACCUCCUCGCAGAUGAUCUGGAGUACCUGCUCCAGCGCCUCAAUCUGGAGAAAGUGCGAGCUGUGGUGGGGGUGAGUAUGGGUGGAGUGACUUCAAUCAACUUUGCCAUUCGUCACCCGCACAUGCUUGAAAAGUUUGUCGCCUGUGAUUGCAAUGUAGCUUCGAGCCCAGCCAACAGCCAGGCUUGGUCAGAACGUGUGGAGCUUGCGAAGACGAAGGGGAUGGGAGAACUUGCAGAUGUUACCGUUAAGCGGUGGUUCACGCCGGAAAACCACGAUUCCGCCAACUUUAAGAAAGUGCUGCCCAUGGCUGCGGAAGCAAACAUUGCUGGCUUCGAGCAGAAUACACAUGCACUUAGCGACUAUGAUCUCAAGCCUCAUGUUGCCAACAUCACCACACCCGGUCUGCUGAUUGCUGGAGAUGGUGACGGUAAGCUUCCAGAGGCUAUGCAGAAGUUCGGGAUCCCGAAUACGAAGUUUGAGUUGAUCCCCAAGGCCGGUCAUUUACCCAUGUUGGAGAAUCACGAUGCUUUCAUGCAGGCGCUCGCGGGAUUCCUGUAG